AUGUCGGACAAUACGGCCACGAUAUUGGGCGACGACACAAAAACGGAUGACCCUCCAACUUCACAAGAACCGAAAAAGGUUGCAGGUAAUAAAACGAAGCUUGAUAGAUCCAGUGACGAGGAAAGCAAAACGAAAAAGUCUCAAAUCAAGAAAUCUGACGAUGAAGCAGGAAGUGAAAAUUCAAGUGAAGACUCAGGCGUUAAAAAGUCUGCAGCAAAAGUUUCUAAAAAGGAAAAACUGAAUACUAAAUCUUCGGAUGAUGAAACAAAAACUACUACCUCUAAAAAAAGUACUGAUAAAUCUGCAUCAUCAAAAACUGGUUCGAGCACUCCUGCUACAAAAACCGGAUCAACAUCAAAAAAAGAAAAAAGUGUGACAUCUACCGAAAAAGAUUCGAGUGCUGCAUCGAAAGAGAAUGAAAAAAGUUCUUUAAAAACUGAUUCAACGGUUAGUACUACAAAUAUUAAAAAUAACAAAAAAUCAGCAACAAGCACCGCCACGGGAUCAACUGAAAGUAAAACUUCCUCUACAGAAACUAAAAAGUCAAUGAGUACUACUGCUGGAUCAACUGAAACCACAAAAUCGGUGGCAAGCACUGGAACGACAGCGACAAAAACGCCAAGUUCAAUAAAUAAAAUACCGAACAAAAGUGCAGUCGAUGUCAAACCUGGAGAAAAAACAUCAUCAGCGGAUGAAAAGAAUAAAUUACCUUCACUUUCAUCCACAACAACAAACACAGGCACCGCUUCUUCAACAGGAUCAGUCAGUAUAAAGUCUAACGUAAAAUCGGAUUUGGCGACAACUCCAUCAUCACAUAUUAAAGCCCUGGAACAGACUCCUGGAAGUAAAUCAAGUUCCCAUGCAACUCCUUCAACCAGUGUACCCGCUUUUCCACCCGAUGAUCAAAGAAGAGUAAGCGAUCAAUUUUCAGACAAAUCAAAAAAGAAACGUAAGAAGAAGAAAAAGAAACGAAAAAAAAAAAAAAGAAGGAAAAAUAAAAAUGAAGAAAGUGGCGAAACUAGUGAAGAUAAAAGUGCUAGUGAAGAGAGCAAAAAAAAGGAAAAGAAAAAACGAAAAAAGAAAAAAGAUUCUGGUUGUGAGAACACGGAGCAAGUAAUUAAAGUGGUUCAUCAGUUGGACGAAGGAAUGAUGCCACCUUUCAGACCCCCGUUUUUUACUCAAUGCAAAAAAUGUCCUAAAUGUAAAGCCUCUUCUUCUCACAGUUCCGAAUCAGGUUCUGGAAAGAAAAAAAAAAGAAAAGACGACGAGAACAAUUUGUCCCAUGAGCAAAUAUCUCCUUGUGACAUGUUUCAAAAUUUAAAUAUACCUCCAAUGCAACCUUUCCUACCCUUCAUGUCGCCAACUAUGCUGCCUCCUCCUCCUUUUGUUUCAGCAGAUUUCCACAAAAAAUCUGACCCGAAUACAAUUCUUAAGGAAGAAAUCAAAAGAUUGAAAGAACAAGCCUUACAGAGUGCCAAACCUGUUGAUGAACUAAAUUGGAAUUCAUUACGCGAGAAAUAUGGUAUCAGAGAUAUACCAGAAGCGUUGCUGGUUGAACAUCGCGGUCUCAUCGAAAAGAUCAAAAGCCAUUGCCGUUAUGUUAAAAGUUACAAAGAUAUUCAGGCAUUGGAUGCUUUAAUCAAAGCCUUAUUUAACAAAGUGAAGCUGAACGAAAGCGUGAAAGAAUUAGCUUUUGCUAUUGCCAAAAAACAAAAAGAAGAAAAGAAGAAAGCAAAAAAAGAAGGCAGACUGACAAAAGAAUGCGAUGGAGAAAGUGUAUCAAGCGAUUUAGAAAUCGAAAAUCUAAAAAACCAAUUCAGAUUUUUGAAAAGAUCAUUUGAAAUGACGAGAAAAUUCAACAAAACUAAGACGACUCUGACGAAUGAAUUGAAAUCAUUUCUAACGAAUGAACUGAAGGAACGGAUGGACAAAAUGCUGACAGAAAUACGUUUGAAUGCUGAAGAUCCAACGGGCAAAGAGUACAAGAAACGACUUGAAAUAAAAAAUAAUGAGACUUUGACGAAACAGCUUGAAUUAAUGAAGGCACGCCAUCCGAAUGCCAAAGAAAUUAUAAUUGGGACCAAUCCCAUCACGCAAGAAUUGGAAGCUAUUGUAAAUUGA